AUCAAAUUGUUUUCUGGCCCCUGGGACGGAACAUCUCUGUGGGAGAAGAAUAGGAAGAAGAAGAAGAGGGUGAAGAAGAAGAGGGAGAAGACAGGAGGGCUUGUGAGUGCGUCAGAUAUCCUGUGAGAGAGUUGGCCCAGUUAAAUUUCCCUGCCACAGAUGUCAAACGGUCUUGUUUGCAAAGCCUAGUGUUUAAGUGUGGAUCUGCUGAGCUUCUCUUCUCCUAGCUGGCUGCUCUGCUUUGCUCUACUGGGCUAGAAUCACUGAUGAAGAAGCCUACUAGAACCCUGUGCUGCCAGAGCCCUACCCAGAGACUAGAGAAGAGGGUCGAGAUGGUUCCUGCUUGUGCUCAGCUCCUCUUCGCUGCCAUCUUGUGGUCAAUGCCUUACACUGGAGCUGCUGCUGUGCGGACCAUAUCCAAAUCCAACCAGACCGACCUUCUCCACCUAACCAGACCUGGCUUCGAUGCAGACCCUGACUCUGACUGGAGUAAUCUGAAUCUUACCAGCAUCAACGUGCCUCGUAGCCGAAGGAGGCGAGCCAUCUCUUCCAGAGAAAUGAAUUCCUUGUUGGAUUAUCACAACCGUGUCCGCUCCCAGGUCUUCCCUCAAGCUGCCAAUAUGGAGAUCAUGGUGUGGGAUGAGCAACUGGCUAAAUCAGCAGAUUCCUGGGCUUCCCGCUGCAUAUGGGAUCAUGGACCGUCACAGACCAUGAGAUAUAUGGGCCAGAACCUGUCCAUCAACUCUGGCAGAUACCAGUCAAUCAUUGAGCUGGUGAGGUCCUGGCAGGAUGAGAAAUACUCCUUCUCUUAUCCCAACACAUGCAGUGGACCAGUUUGUUCCCACUAUACACAGAUGGUCUGGGCCAAUACCAAUAGGAUGGGAUGUGCCAUCAACAAAUGCUCAAACAUGAACGUGUACGGGAGCUCUUGGAGGACAGCAGUGUUCCUGGUUUGCAACUACUCUAUCAAAGGGAACUGGGUUGGAGAGGCUCCCUAUAAGAGUGGCAAACCGUGCUCUGCCUGUCCAUCAAAAUAUGGAGGUUCAUGUAACAGAAACCAGUGUUCCUUCAGUGGUUCAAAAGCCAAAGCCAAGAAAAGAAAAAGGUAUUAAAAACACAUCAGUCAUACUUUCCCUGUUAUAAUGGAAGGCUUUUAAGAAUGAAUUGCUUCUGGUGAACUAUUCCAUUCCAUUUAUCUCAUCAACAAACAACAACUGCAAGAGAGGGUAAGUGUGAGAGGUGAAGGAUUUCUAAAUUUAAAAAACUAAACAAAGCACAAGACCUGCUUUUACAAAGUCGGAAACAACAAAAAUUACAACAACAAAAAAAUCUGCGAUUCAAUUAUAGUACCACUAUUUUUGUGUUUUAUCAUAAACGAAUGUUUGAUCCAUCCACUGAAUGUUUGGGAAAUAAUGUUUUCCCCCCCUUGGUCAUGAUGAUGUCGAUUCUCCCCUCCGCAUGGAAAUAAGCCUAAUUAUAAGCCUAAUGAACUUAAAUCUAUGUAAACUAUUGGGUUGCAAAGCUCCAUUUGGGGCCAGGACAUACAGAAAGAACCAAGCUACCAAAAACCAGACAGGACUUCUGUUGUAUUCAUUUCAUUAUAUCCCUUUUUUGAAAAUGUUGAGAAGAUGAGUGCAAUGUACAUUAUAUAUACAAAAGUAUGUGGACAACCCUUCAAAUCAGUGGAGUCAGCUAUUUCAGCCA